AUGUCACAAGUCCAAGGACAUGAGCUCAGUGAAGAGUGCAGACUGAGUAAAGACAGAAAGACAGACAGAAAAUCCUUCCCCCUCAUGUCCAGCCCAUCCCACAUACAACACUAUGUGAUAGACAGUGUCCAUCUGCUGUUAGAUGGUCAGUUGAACCCUUGCCAUAAUAAAUGUAAUUGAGACUGCUACUCUUGUCCUUUAGCUAAAUAUGGAGGGAGCUUAAGGAGAGGAGGGGAGUAUGAGUGAGGUGGAGGUUGUGUGGCGUUUGCAAAGAAAGCAGCGAGACGAUUGGUUGAUGCUAGUCCAGGCGAAGGGCUUCUUGCCCAAUCCUGAUCAUAUUCAGACAAAAGGCAGCUAGAUGAGGGGUACUUAUUGGGUAGUCAUAGUACUGUGUCUAUCAACGGUGUAUCAGAAAGCCACUCUUCCCUGGAGUUCCAUCUUUCUCUCUGUUGUCUGUUGCAGCGGAGACAGCCACCAUGGUAAGAGUCUGUAGAGGGAGAAACCGAGAGCGAACGAAGAUAACAAUCUUUUAAAUGAUCAGAUGUUUUAGGAUUGUUUCGCUCAUUCUGCUGUUUUCUACAGAUGUUGUCCGAUUUCUAAAGUUUUUGCUGAUAUUUUUUCAUUGUGGGGAAUUGCUGAAGAUGGAUAUUCCUGAUUGAUUUUGAAAAUGGACUAGUCCUGCCUGUGCUCAAACAUACGUACACACACACCAGCUGGCCCAGCUGUGGAGUACAGCUGGACCAAACGAUUUACGUAAAGAGGGCUACCGAUUUUAAAGUUUAAGGAUCUUGUCUUGUUGUUGUGGCCCACGCAUCAAGAUCUUGCCUUUUUUUUUCAAUGAGGUGUUUUUUGUAUUCCCUUUGCUGUUAUGUUACAUGUACCACAGACCGAACGUCAUGCGGUAAUAUUGUGUACCGCGUCUACUUCAAUUCACGCGUUAGUGUAUGACGUCGUUAAGGUUUUUCAAGGCCACCAUUGGUCACCAAAGGUUACUGAGACAGUGGUGCUGGCUAGACAGAACACGGUGGCAAAGUGAUUGAAAGUGACAAAGUGAGUGAGUGACAGGUGGAAUGCCAACAUAUCUGUAUCUGUAUGUCACAGUGUAGACAUAGACACUAGUAAUGACUUUGGCAGAAUCUCUGCCAUGCCAGAGGGAGGCAGUAUAAUGAAUGUGAGGGAUGGGGUUGUGGGGGGUGCUCAGAGUACAAGGAGUUGUUAAAGAGGAUGGAUGAAUCAGUGUAGGAGCAGAGUGGUGGGACAUGGCUGUGAUUGACUAUCAACUCUCCCCUGGAGGUAUAUUAAGUAUCUGUCAUAUUUUUGCUGUUGAACCAAUGGUUCAAGGACCAAAGACAGAAAGACAGUCCUAUCUUCCUUCAUUACUUUUAUUGGAAAUAAUCUAUAUUGCUUUUCUGUUGCUUUUUAAAAGUUAUACAAUAUGUUCAUUGAUGACAUGUAAAGGCAUUAAAUAAUGUUGUUAGAUUAUCAUUUUCUACCAUGGCCCUACACAAAUAUGUAUCAUUUGUAGAACGUUUGUGAACAUGUAAUAUUUUUUUCAUUGUCAUAAUGUUGCUUGUCAUUUAGCUUGAUGUAGAUGUGUGAAGAGUUGCUGCCAGUCAAUGGUAGGUAGGUGGAGGUGAUGACAGAUAUAUGGUAGGUAGGUGGAGGUGAUGACAGAUAUAUGGUAGGUAGGUGGAUGUGAUGACAGAUAUAUGGUAGGUAGGUGGAGUUGAUGACAGAUAUAUGGUAGGUAGGUGGAGGUGAUGACAGAUAUAUGGUAGGUAGGUGGAGGUGAUGACAGAUAUAUGGUAGGUAGGUGGAGGUGAUGACAGAUAUAUGGUAGGUAGGUGGAGGUGAUGACAGAUUUAUGGUAGGUAGGUGGAGGUGAUGACAGAUAUAUGAGGGAAAAUAAAAUGACCCAUCCCAUAUAGUGUGACAGCAGCUAUAAAGUGUCCAGACUGUGGUCUGGAUCCAACAUGCUCUCUUCAAUGACAGCUCUACGGCACUGUUGCGGUCAAUUCGAAUUGAAGGCAGUCAAUUCAGGAAGUAAACUGAAAUUCCAAUUCAAUAAUUGAAAAAAAAGCUCAUCUAUUUUUAAUGACUUCUCAAAAAACUUCAGAGUAAAAGCCAUUUAUUUCUAAAAUAUUUCAAUUUGUAAAGUUUAAAUUCAAAUCACUUAUUGAAUUGACUACCUUCAAUUGGAAUUGACUCCAAACCUGCUCUACAAUACCUGUAUUAAUCUUCUCAGAAAGGUCUGUUUUAAUAUAUAUAUAAUUAUCUAACAGAAAGGUCUGUUUUAAUAUAUAUAUAAUUAUCUAACACCACAGGCACAGUGAACUAGUACAUGAGAAAAUGUAUAUAUUAAUACAACUUCCCCUAUCCUCCCCCUCUAGCCUACUGAAACACAGAGCGACGCCCGCUCCUUCCUGAGCGAGGAUAUGAUUGCUGGUAAGCCACGUGUGUAAUGUAUAGCAUAUCCCUGUGUCUGCUUGUUCCAACCAUGCUAUGUGUAUCACUUCACAUUCAGCUGUUUAGGUCGUGUUUAUGUAGCCAUAGUCAUCCUAAGAAUACUUCCAACAGUCAACAAAAUGUGUCACUUUAAAAAUGCUCUGAUUGUACCAACAGCACAUUAAGGUAACACGUGACCAACAGGUGAGAAUUUCUCUCGGUAAACACUAACUCUCCCAUCCAGAGUUCCAGGCUGCCUUCAACCUGUUCGACAGUGACGGUGGUGGUGACAUCAGCACCAGGGAGUUGGGUCAGGUGAUGAGGAUGUUGGGCCAGAACCCGACCAGAGAGGAGUUGGCCCUCAUCAUUGAGGAGGUCGAUGAGGAUGGUAAAUAACUGACUGGGUCAAAUGUCAGGAGAUAAUUCAAAUGUCUGGCCAGGGUAUUUCUACUAUUAUUCAUGCUUCCUCUGUCCCUGCUUCAUCUCAUGAGCCCCUGGCUGUGUCCUGCCCUCCUCCCAACACCAGGUAGCGGCAGUAUCGACUUCGAGGAGUUCUUGGUCAUGAUGGUGAGGCUCCUAAAGGAGGACCAGGCCGGCAAGUCCGAGGAAGAAUUAUCAGAGGUCUUCCGUAUAUUCGACAAGUACGUCCCCUGAAUCGUAACCCCUGGAGUCUCCUCCUUACUGGCAUGUUACAGAGAUUUCUCACCCUGGUUCACCAUAAGGUAUCUGGUGGAUGGCCAAUCACAGGACACAGCCUCGUUAGGAAGCUCAAAUCAGCUUCAUUUCCCUUUUAGUUCAGGCAAAAUACAGCAGCUGUGCGUUACAUUAUUCUAAUUGAUCUCAACUGAUCUAUCCUCUGCCCAAUACAACAGAAAUGGCGACGGUUUUAUUGACCGUGAGGAGUUAAAUGACAUCUUGGCCGCCACUGGAGAGCCAGUCACAGAGGAGGAAUGUACCGAGCUAAUGACAGACGCAGACCUAAACAAAGACAACAGGCUUGAUUUUGAUGGUAAGACAUGCACUCCCACACACACAGGCUUAAAUGUCAUUCACAUUCAUGUAUUAUGCUAACGGAACAUAAACUGGUAGAUGACUAAUUGUCAAUGGUAAACGAUUUGCAUAGAAACUUUGACUAGUGAUUGGUUUGGGAUUAACAGGGGCAAUUUGGGUGCGCAGUCUGUGGGUAAAUAUAGACUGGAAUGCACGCGCACACACACACACACACACACACAGUUGUCUGUUUAAACUAUGGUAAUUUGUGUAGGCAAGUUUAUUUCUGUUAAUUAAUAUUAAUGACCACAAGUCUUGACUAAACUCAACUCCCGCUGUUCUGGGUUUCUGUGUUUGACAAAUAUUCAAAACAGAAUACAGUGUUGAGGUCUGGUAUCAUGGAAGUACCACAUCCACAUGAGAUAAACAAUCAUUAACAUGAAAAGGCUCAUAUAUGACAUUCAUCUUCUGGUUACUGGACACAUACAGGGUUAUAGGGGGGGAUACUAUAUAUUGUGCUUGGGUGAGGGUUGUGGUUUGAUGAUACAGUCGUGUGUUUUGCUAUCACAGAGAGCGGGAGGUUGAUUGGGAUAAAGGAACUCUCAGUAGUAGUGUGUUUUGCUAUCACAGAGAGCGGGAGGUUGAUUGGGAUAAAGGAACUCUCAGUAGUAGUGGGUGGGAGAGGAUCCAAUGAACCCCUUUUUUCUGUGUUCCAGAAUUUCUGAAAAUGAUGGAGAAUGUACAGUAACAAGACCAGCAUUCCUUUCUGACCCUUUCCAUUUGCCACUUCUACUGCUUGAAGAAAAGAACAACUAUGUUUCUGAAUGGAAAAUCAAAUACAAAAUUGAAGCCACACCUUCUUGAGUCUUCCCAACUACUUACAGUAAAGAGGCUACCCAAAAACACUACAAAUCAAAUCAAAGUUUAUUGGUCGCGUACACAGAUUUGCAGAUGUUAUCGCAGGUGCAGCGAAAUUAUUAUGUUUCUAGCUCCAACCGUCCAGUAAUAUCUACCAAUACAAUAAAAAUACACACAAUCCAAAAAGUUAAAAACAACUAGAAAUUAAGAAAUAUCAGAAUGAGCAAAGUCAGAGUCCGGAAUAUAAACUGAACAAAACUAUAAAUGCAACAUGUAAAGUGUUGGUCCCAUGUUUCAUGAGCUGACAUAAAAUAUCCCAGAGAUUUUCCAUAUGCACAAAAAGCUUAUUUCUCUAAAAUUUGGUGCACAAAUUUGUUUACAUCCCUGCCAAGAUAAUCCAUCCACCUGACAGGUGUGGCAUAUUACGAAGCUGAUUAAACAGCAUGAUCAUUACACAGGUGCACCCUGUGCUGGGGACAAUAAAAGGCCACCCUAAAAUGUGUUUUGUCACACAACACAAUUACAUUUUAGUCAUUUAGCAGACGCUCUUAUCCAGAGCGACUUACAGUUAGUGAGUGCAUACAUUUUUAAAAAAUCAUACUGGCCCCCCGUGGGAAUCGAACCCACAAUCCUGCCGUUGCAAACGCCAUGCUCUACCAACUGAGCUACAUCCCUGCCACAGUUGUCUCAAGUUUUGAGGGAGCGUGCAAUUGAAAUGUCCACCAGAGCUGUUGCCAGAGAAUUUAAUGUUAAUUUCUCUACCAUAAGCUGCCUCCAACGUCGUUUUAGAUAAUUUGGCAGUACGUCCAACCGGCCUCACAAUCGCAGACCAUGUGCAACCACGCCAGCCCAGGACCUCCACAUCCGGCUUCUUCACCUGAGGCAUCGUCUGAGACCAGCCACCCGGACAGCUGAGGAAACUGAGGAGUAUUUAUGUCUGUAAGAAAGCCCUUUUGUGGGGGAAAACUCAUUCUGAUUGCCUGGGCCUGGUUCCUCAGUGGGUGGGCCUGGCUCCCAAGUGGGUGGGCCUAUGCCCCCCCAAGCCCACCCAUGGCAGCGCCUCUGCCCAAUCAUAUACAUACAUACAUAUAUAUAUAUAUACUAAGGAGUCUGCCCAAAUCCACUACAGUAAAGAUUCUACCCCAAAACACUACAAUAAAGUGAAAAUGUGUUUGAGAAAAGACAAUAACUGAAGGUUAUUUACCCCCUCCUCGAUACUGCCGAUCUCAGUAAUGUGGACUCUGUGGCUAUAAAUAUCCGUCCAACCCUUUUAAGACGAAGGCUCUUUCCGCAACCCGCAACCUAACACUUCCCACCCAGCUGUCUCUUUACACCUGCUCCCUCUCAAGAAAUGCUACACCCCUCUGGCCCCCCUGCGUCUCUCCCCUCUGCAUCUCGCCCCUGGCUCCUCUGAGUCCCUCCCCUCUCCCCUCUCCCCCCCUCCCCUCUCCCCUCUGCAUCUCGCCCCUGGCUCCUCUGAGUCCCUCCCCUCUCCCCUCUGCAUCUCGCCCCUGGCUCCUCUGAGUCCCUCCCCUCUCCCCUCUUUGUCUCGCCCUUCUUUUUUCUGCGUCUCGCCCCUCUCGCGUCUCAACCCUGUACAGAGCACUUUCAAAAAUAAACCUGCUUUCAUCUUUAAUAUAUGUUUCCAUCUCCUUGUUGUCAUGUUGAUACAGUAGACUGGCUCAUUGUCUGCUCCUUCUGUAUCACUCCACUCUACCGUUUCUCUGUAUCAAGACAAGCCCUUUGCCAAUCAUAAUGCAUCACUAUCAGCCCUCCCCUCCAGUACCACUACCCCUCCCCUCCACCACCCCCACGCCUUCCCUUACCACUCCCCCCCACCCUGACUGCAACAUCUCAGGUAUCCUAGCCCACCCUCACCCCGUAUAUUCCACUUUCUCCUCCCCUCUCCUAUUCCCAUAUAUGAACUAUUCCCACUAGUCAGUGUCCUUGGUUUCUGAAAACACCUUUGUUCCAAAGUCCAUAGAAAAAACGGUCAUCUUGAUUGGCUCUGCCUAAUCCUUCUGAGGUCCUUUGUUGUGGUUUUUCUUGUGAUGAAUCUUGAAAGAUUCAUGAAAAUGGAUGAAAGAGAAAUAGGUCUACCACAUUAGGUAAAGGAGCAUGCAAAGUCCAAAACAGUUCACCAAAAAAGAAAGACAGUAAAGGUGAAGAAAACGUUCAGAUGCUUCUAAUUGCGUCGCUAACGGCAACUUGCAAAAUCAAUGAUCUUUUCAUCACUUCAUGUCAUCCAUGAUGAUCAAAAAAGAGCUGUGAGCACUCAACAGAAUGCACUGACACUGCUCUGUCUCCAUGGAGAGGUCCCCAGGUUUACAAAUACUAUAUCAGUAUUGUAAGAUGCCAUCUCCAAGAAAUGUGUAGUAGCAGCAGCCCACCAAAUCCUUAUUUUGGAAGAUAUCCUCCGCUCCCUGAGUAUAUAGCCCUUAACCCCCACCACCACCACCACUAACAACAUCCCACCCCCUUCUUCCCCAUAAUAUCCCAGAAUCCCACCCCUCCUCCUCCCUCUCAGACACCAGGCCUUAUUAUCUCUGCGCAGGAAACCUCCACCAUACAAGGAGAGUCAAAUAUUGAGUGGUUGGCCUGUUUAUUGGAUACGAUACUGUAAUUAAGGGCGGGCUCUGUCUCUGUCCUGUCCCCAUACAACCAUAAAUCGUCUGCUAUUCAGGGCAUAGCACUGCCAGCUUCCAGCUCUGCAGCCCUUUUCCACAGGGUAGGGUUUCACACCCAGAAUGAAACGCCAUCCCACGGUCACAACCCGCUCUGGGCCCACCCUUCUUUAUCAGCAAUGCUGAGGCCUACCUUUGGUUUAAAGUAUGGUACCAGCAAUCACCAUAUUUGCUUGAAAUCACAAGUGCAUGCUUGGACAUAAGCUACACCUUGUUUCAGAAUUUAAUAUAUUCAGAGAUUGCUUAAAAGGGCUGGCUUCAUUCCCUUCUGAAUAAAAAAAACAUUGAAACUUUGCGAGUGGGGCAGGUGAGGGAAUUUGUUUAGCUUGAUGAGCAAAAACAUUUUGUCUGACAGGGAAUAGCUAGGUAUACUGUUACAUUCAGGUACCUCAAACCUGCUGCACUUACAACAGGGGUGUCAAACUCAUUCCAUGGAGGGCCUAGUGUCUCCGGGCUUUUGGUUUUGCCUUUCAAUUAAGACCUGGACAACCAGGUGAGGGGAGUUCUUUACUAAUUAGUGACCUUAAUUCAUCAAUCAUGUACAAGGGAAGAGCGAAAACCCACAGACACUCGGCCCUCCGUUGACUUACAAUCAAAAUAAAAAAUUGGUAGAUGCAUACUUAUAAAAAGUCUUACUUGAAUGCCCAGAAAUGUUGUGUGCCUUUCAAUAGUGACAUGUACCUGAAAACUUCCCAAAACUUUCCCCCAAACUUCCUAAGCUAAGUUUACCCCAUCAAUUAAAUGUUUGCAGAUUCAAGACCACCACUCACCACUCAACAUUUUUAUUGGCUUGUGGGGGGCUUCAGAACCCUAAAAAGUUCAAGAUUCUAAAUCUGGAGUCCUGUGAGCAUCGGGGGGCGUGUCUUAGGUGACCAGUUUAAAGCGUGUCUGAACUCUUACUUAACGUCUAGUCUUUCUGUUGAGGUGCACGCGGAUUGACCACUCCUUGGGCUUUAUUUCCGUGGAUAUUUUGGGGAAAGCUAAUUCGCAACCAUGGUAAGAACAAUCAUUUGAACACGCACAACCAAUUACACGAAUAAAAGCAUGAUAAAUAGCGAGGUUGUAUUGGUUAAAUGUGCAAUGUUAAAUCUGGAUGGGCAAAGAAAUAAGGGCAAUUAAGAUUUAAUUAGCCUAAUUUAGAAAUAAUUUAGUUGAGAAUAAUAUCGACAAUGUAUUGUCUCUUGAAUAUAAAGUGUAAGGUAUAAGACGUGUGAUUGAAACAUUUUCUUAACUCAUGAUUUUCUCAAUCUCAUCUUGAUAACAACUAAAUUGUGUUUACCAAAAAUAUUAAGUAUUGAUAGCAGUAUUUCUGGAGCAUGAAAGUUAUGUGUGUUCAGUGGGCGCACGGUAUAUAUGGGUUUAUGGGUGCUUGUCGGACACACAACCUAAAAGGGAGUCCCACAGCAAGGCUGCGGGUUGUGCUUACGCGACAAAUUCCGCCGGAUUGUGUAUCCGCAUGGCCAUAUACAGAGGGUGGGGGAAGUAAUGUGCUGAGCCUUAAAUAGCAUAGCUACAUUUCACUUGGCACAAGAGCUGUCAGUAGUCCUUAUAGGCCUAGCCUGCCCCUUUUGUGAGGACACUUUUUUUUUUUUUUUGUGAGUGUCAAUAAAACAAACACACUAAUCUGAUAGCCAAUAACAUCAACAACUGUUGGCAAAAAAAUUAAGCUUGGUCUUGGAGAGAUGGUCACUUCAAUGACAUGACACGUGGCGCUGUUUUUUUCUCUAGACUGAUGCGCAACAGGAGGCUCGCUCAUUCUUGAGCGAUGAGAUGCUUAACGGUGAGUAGGCCCAUCACAAACCCAUGUUGCCGUUAAUUUAAUGUCAGGUCUAAUGAAUACAAUAAUACGUUUCCCGAUACUUAUCAGCUACCUCAUCAUUCCAGAGUUCAAGGCUGCCUUCGACAUGUUCGACACCGACGGUGGCGGUGAUAUCAGCACCAAGGAAUUGGGUCAGGUCAUGAGGAUGUUGGGCCAGAAUCCGACAAGAGAGGAGUUGGAUGAAAUCAUUGAGGAGGUCGAUGAGGAUGGUGAGAAACGGCUGAUUCUAAAAUAGAUUAUAUUAGCCUACGUUAAUGUAUGUAUAAACCUAAAUGGGAUGCUUAAAUUACUUUUGGGUAACCUAUGCCCAUGUUGUGACCAGUGUAUCAUAAAUACCUGUUUACAUUGUCUUUUAACUGUUGUAUUCGAGCGUGUUGCGUCAUCUAUCUGACUCUUCACCUCAGGUAGCGGCACAAUCGACUUCGAGGAGUUCUUGGUCAUGAUGGUGAGACUCCUAAAGGAGGACCAGGCCGGCAAGUCCGAGGAAGAGUUAGCGGAAUGUUUCCGUGUGUUCGACAAGUACGUUACAGGUUUGGGGAGAAGGGGUUACAGUUUACAUGUGUGCAAUUACAGUCAGCCUUCAAAUGAUGUCGAAAGGCUGUUAAACUCCUUCCAAUGUGUUACUUGCGCAGGAAUGCCGACGGCUACAUAGACAGAGAAGAGUUCGCCAUCAUCAUCCGCAGCUCUGGCGAGCAAAUCUCAGAGGAAGAGAUCGACGAGCUGCUGAAGGAUGGAGACAAGAACGCUGAUGGCAUGCUGGACUUUGACGGUAUGACAUAGGGAUACUAAUUGUGAUGCUGAUUGGCCAAUUAGCCUACAUAUUGACUUGCACUUUAUUGACCCUGAAUUACAUAGCCAUGAAUUAAAACUUUUUGUUCAUAAUGGAUUUGUCACUCUUUUUAGAAUUCCUCAAGAUGAUGGAAAAUGUGCAGUAAAACAGAGACUCAUGGACAUUCCUCCUUCCUUUGACCCCCCUGCUGACCUAUUCUGAUCCUCUAUUGACCCACACCAACCUGCCCUUCCCCCCUUUUCUGGUCCAUUGCCUCUGUUCCUCCACCUCGAUUCAACAGACAGGCACCUGGUGGGGGUUACCAGGGCUUUUGAGCCCUUCUUGCUUGUGAUUAUGACACCAAGCUGCUGCUGUUCUCCAAAUCAGGUGGGCAAGGCCAGGAUGUGAAAUUCACUGCAACUCCACAGUAUGGCUCAGUACAUCAUGGGCACCUACCACCUCAACAGCCUGAAGCUGGGAGCUUAGUCGGGAUGUAGUCUGACGGGUAGCUUGUGAUCGCUGCUUAGACCAAUGCCAACGGUAACCACAUCACUGUAAUAACAAAUUAUUGCUUGAAAGGAGAUAAAUUAAUAAACACAUGCUCACUGGAAGUUGGUCUGUACGCUAUUAUUGAGGAAUAUCAAUAAAAUGUUUUUAUUUAUUUGACCCACACAUCCAUCUUGUCUUUGAUGUAUGGCUGCCAUUGUUACUGUUAUGGACCAAAAUAACAAGCCACAUCAGAUUAGAAAGCAGUA